AUGAGCUUGACCUCGCGCGUGUUCAGCUUGUUUUCGACGACAGAGACACCGACUUCUGAUCCCUCGCCUGCGUCGGCGACGUCAUAUCUUCAAACCGCUCCCAGCGGCGACCAUACCCGUCGCGAUGCGGGUGCUUCGAUGAGGAGGGACAAUAAUGCCCAUGCACAAUACGAUGACCUGAUGGAGGAAGAGGAGGAGCCUCGCCCUCCGUAUCUACAUGCGAUGCUGGCCGGCGGCACCGGCGGCACUUGCGGCGAUAUGCUCAUGCAUUCGCUCGAUACAGUCAAGACCCGGCAACAGGGUGACCCUCAUUUCCCUCCGAAGUAUACGUCCAUGACUUCAUCCUACGCGACCAUCUACCGUCAAGAGGGCCUUCUGCGUGGUCUCUAUGGUGGAGUUACCCCUGCGCUCCUCGGCUCCUUUCCGGGCACUGUCACUUUCUUUGGAACAUAUGAAUUCACCAAGCGAUGGAUGCUGGAUGUGGGGAUCAAUGCUAACGUAGCAUAUCUGUCUGGCGGUUUCUUUGCGGACUUGGCUGCGUCGAUCGUAUAUGUUCCCUCGGAAGUGCUGAAGACUCGCUUGCAACUCCAAGGACGUUAUAACAACCCCUACUCCAACUCGGGAUACAAUUAUCGAUCGACUUCCGACGCGUUGCGUACAAUCAUUCGAAAAGAAGGGUUUUCGGCUCUCUUCCAUGGCUACAGAGCCACCAUCUACCGUGAUCUUCCUUUCUCCGCUCUUCAAUUCGCAUUCUACGAACAGGAGCGCCGGUUAGCAAAACAGUGGGUCGGCUCAAAAGAUAUUGGACUAGGACUCGAGGUCCUCACUGCUGCCACAGCUGGAGGCAUGGCAGGUGUCCUAACUUGUCCUAUGGAUGUGGUGAAGACUCGGAUUCAGACGCAACAAAACCCGGAUAUCGUGAAAACCGGUUCAUCCUCAUCCAAACCUCCUGCAGAGCACCCUUCGGCGAAGGAGAAUCCCCGACAACACUCUCUCAAUCAAAGCACUUCCAAUCUUCGCACCCACUCACGGCCAAUCUCAACAGGAGGCGCGUCUACGUCGGUGCGGCCGCCUGGAACUCCUCGCCUGGACACCUCUUCUUUCUUCACCGGCUUAAAGAUGAUUUAUCAGACAGAAGGUCUUGCCGGAUGGUUCCGUGGAGUAGGCCCUCGAGGUGUUUGGACCAGCAUUCAGAGCGGAACGAUGCUGGUUAUGUACCAGUAUCUCUUGAAACAGCUAGAGAACUGGCAGAAUCGAGGGGAGACGGGACCUAUCUGA